CCGGGUAUUGGUAACACGCACGCCCUCACACUUGACACCACCAGAUUUCAGCAAUGGCCCAUUAUGCCAGCGGUUGGAGUACGAGGGCGAUCCGAAAAUGCAGGACGAUAAAGCCAUACGAGACACAGCAUAGAUUGAAGUAUGAGAGGCCAAGAGGCCAUCAGGCCAGCGCAACCUUGAGGAAACACAGCACGACAACAAUCAGAUGCCUAUCAUGUACCGAAAGAGAGGCGGUCAAGGAUCCGAAACGUUCUGUGAGCGCCGCCUGGGGUGGAGGUGAAGGCAAUAUCUUUCCCACUCGCCCGAGGCCAUCGCUCCACGCCGCCGCCGCAGCUGCCACCACCAGCAUGAUGACACCUCAGAACAAGCGGUCUGUCAGCGAUCGGGAACCGCUUGUCUCACUGGUAUAUGGCCGAAAAUGGGUUAUCCCAGCAUCUUUUGUUGCCGAGACGAGUAUGCGCGCCCGGGACAAGGACAGCUUUCGUUGGAGAUCUGUGCCACCAGAAGAUCGGAUGGGUGACAGCAGCGUCAAAAGCAGCAAGCGACAUGAGUUGGCUGCCGUGUCGUGUCAUGUCGUGAUGUAUGUCUCUGGUGUCGUAACCCCCCCCCAAGAAGAUGUUUGGUUGAGUAAGGGAGUUAGUUGGCCCGGCCCACUGGCGGACGGCCUGUUAUGGACUUCCCCGUCCUGCUGCGUCAGGGUAUCACAAUGGAGUGGCAAGAUCUCGCGCAGGCAAAUCGAAAACCUGAGGGGUGUCCUGCGUUGA